UGUGUGUGUGUGUGUGUGUGUGUGUGGAGCGGGGAUGGGGAGAUUAAAACAAACAAAACAACACUGUAGGGGAGGAGAAAAAAUCCAUUUCAUGUUUCAGCCCAACAGGUCUUUAUCUUUAAUAUCAUCUUCCGCUGCAUAUCGUCUCCUCCAGUGCUGAGAGGUGCUAACUGAAUGACCCUUCCUGCAGCUAUGUCUUCACUGUGAUGUGACAGAGAGAGAGAAAGGUGCUUUUAUCUUGCACACACCUAGGGAAGGAGAUACCACCCCACUGUCUCUCACCUCAGAUGAGUUAAUUCCUGACAGCCACAGUGCAAAUACUGUGAUGAUAAUGCAGGGAGAGGAACCACAGGGUGACUGUGUAGGUUGACAAAAGGGUAAAGUAGGAUCUUUAGUGUGUUCCCUUAAAGAUGCAUUGUUGACAAAAUCUAAAAGGGGCUAUGUUAUUACAGAAACAGAAGAAAUGACAGCCUGGAUCAGCACAGUUCUCCAUCCAGUUCAAUACCAACUGCUUCAGAAAAUGACAGUUAUGUCAUGCCCAGACCACCACAGGGCUCCAUGAGGAUUUAUAGAAGAUGCCCCGGGUCUUGGCGCCUCUGGUGCUCCUUCUGGUGUGGCUAAUGAAGAUUGCUGCCAGCCCCCACUCCCUGAGGAUCGCUGCCAUUUUGGAUGACCCAAUGGAGUGCAGCAGAGGGGAGAGGCUGUCCAUUACUCUAGCGAAGAAUCGUAUUAACCGUGCACCAGAGCGAGCGGGGAAAGCCAAAGUGGAGGUGGACAUUUUUGAGCUGCUGAGAGACAGCGAAUAUGAGACAGCUGAAACCAUGUGCCAGAUUCUUCCGAAAGGGGUGGUAGCCGUCCUUGGACCUUCGUCGAGUCCGGCCUCAAGCUCUAUUAUCAGCAAUAUCUGUGGGGAGAAAGAGGUCCCUCAUUUCAAAGUUGCCCCCGAGGAAUUCCUCAAGUCCCAGUUCCAACGAUUCACUACCUUGAACCUCCACCCCAGCAACACCGACAUCAGCGUGGCCGUAGCUGGGAUCCUGAACUUCUUUAAUUGCACCACUGCCUGCCUCAUCUGUGCCAAAGCUGAAUGCCUUUUAAACCUAGAGAAGUUGCUUCGUCAGUUCCUUAUCUCAAAGGACACCCUCUCGGUCCGGAUGCUGGAUGACAGCCGGGACCCUACCCCACUCCUAAAAGAAAUCAGAGACGACAAAACUGCCACCAUCAUUGUCCAUGCGAAUGCCUCCAUGUCCCACAUCAUCCUCCAGAAGGCAGCUGAACUGGGAAUGGCAUCAGCCUAUUACACAUAUAUCUUCACUAAUCUGGAGUUCUCGCUCCAGCAAUUGGACAGCUUUCUGAAUGACCGGGUUAACGUCCUGGGAUUUUCCACCUUCAACCAGUCUCAUGCUUUCUUCCAAGAGUUUGUCCAGAGCCUCAACCAGUCGUGGCAGGAGAACUGUGAUCACGCUCCCUUUACUGGGCCGGCACUCUCCUCUGCCUUACUGUUUGAUGCUGUUUAUGCCGUGGUGACAGCAGUGCAGGAGCUAAAUCGGAGCCAGGAGAUUGGUGUGAAACCGCUGUCCUGUGGAUCCGCACAGAUCUGGCAACAUGGCACCAGCUUGAUGAACUACCUGAGAAUGGUAGAAUUGGAAGGUCUCACCGGCCACAUUGAAUUCAACAGCAAAGGUCAACGGUCGAACUAUGCCCUGAAAAUCCUACAGUACACACGACAUGGCUUCAGACAGAUUGGCCACUGGCACAUUUCUGAAGGACUUACCAUGGACAACAGAAUCUUCUCCUCCAACAUAUCGGAUAGUCUCUUCAAUACCACUCUCAUCGUCACCACCAUCCUGGAAAACCCUUAUUUAAUGCUGAAGGAGAACCACCAGGUGCUGGAGGGGAACGACCGCUAUGAAGGCUUCUGCGUGGACAUGUUGAAGGAGCUGGCGGAGAUCCUGCACUUCAACUACAAGAUCCGCCUGGUUGGUGACGGGGUGUAUGGCGUGCCCGAGGCAAACGGCACCUGGACUGGCAUGGUCGGAGAGCUCAUUGCUCGGAAAGCUGAUUUGGCAGUGGCUGGCCUGACAAUCACGGCUGAACGGGAGAAGGUGAUUGAUUUCUCUAAACCUUUCAUGACUUUGGGAAUUAGCAUUCUCUAUCGAGUUCAUAUGGGGCGCAAACCCGGCUACUUCUCUUUCCUGGACCCCUUUUCUCCUGGUGUCUGGCUCUUCAUGUUACUUGCCUACCUGGCUGUCAGCUGUGUCCUCUUCCUGGUUGCUCGACUGACGCCAUAUGAGUGGUACAGCCCCCACCCCUGCUCGCAAGGGAGGUGCAAUCUCCUAGUGAACCAGUACUCUCUCGGCAACAGCCUGUGGUUUCCAGUUGGGGGUUUCAUGCAGCAAGGAUCUACUAUUGCCCCUCGAGCUCUGUCCACACGGUGCGUCAGUGGAGUCUGGUGGGCAUUCACCUUAAUCAUCAUUUCCUCCUACACGGCCAACCUGGCAGCCUUUCUGACUGUGCAGCGGAUGGAUGUACCCAUAGAAUCGGUGGAUGACCUGGCUGACCAGACAGCUAUUGAGUAUGGCACCAUUCACGGAGGCUCCAGCAUGACCUUUUUCCAGAAUUCCCGUUACCAGACGUACCAGCGGAUGUGGAAUUACAUGUACUCCAAGCAGCCAAGCGUGUUCGUGAAGAGCACGGAGGAAGGGAUCGCGAGGGUGCUGAAUUCCAACUACGCUUUCCUGCUGGAGUCCACCAUGAACGAGUAUUACCGUCAGCGCAAUUGCAACCUCACGCAGGUCGGGGGCCUUCUGGACACCAAGGGCUACGGGAUUGGCAUGCCAGUCGGCUCCAUAUUCCGAGAUGAAUUCGACCUGGCCAUUCUCCAGCUGCAAGAGAACAACCGCCUGGAAAUCUUGAAGCGAAAGUGGUGGGAAGGGGGCAAGUGCCCCAAAGAGGAAGACCACAGAGCCAAAGGUCUGGGAAUGGAGAAUAUUGGUGGAAUCUUCGUGGUUCUCAUAUGUGGGUUAAUUGUAGCCAUUUUUAUGGCAAUGCUGGAAUUUUUGUGGAGCCUACGACACUCUGAACAGACAGAGAUGUCUAUCUGCCAGGAGAUGGUGACAGAGCUGCGCAGUAUCAUCCUCUGCAAAGACAGUUUCCACCCUCAGCGAAGGCGAGGGGGGAUGAUACGGACUCGGCCCAUUAUUGCCGAGGAACGUCGACCCCGCAGUACAACCACUCUCAGCAAUGGGAAACUAUGCGGCGGCGGUGAGCCAGACCCGCUGGCGCAAAGACUUGCACAAGAAGCCGCUCUGGUCGCCCGAGGCUGCACGCACAUUCGGGUGUGCCCGGAGUGUCGGAGGUUCCAGGGCCUCCGGGCGCGGCCAGCUCCGGGUUCACCUGCACAAAGCGAAGAGAGCUUGGAAUGGGAGAAAGCCACCAACAGCAGCGAACCUGAGUAGAGUGGGGCAGGGGUGGGCAAAGAAACUCAUGUUCCAUUUUACAGAACAUGGACUUGUACAAUGUCAGACUCAUUUUUAAAUGAAAAGCAGUUAUCCAGCUCCUUGAGAGCAAGACAAACCUUCAGGCUGAGAACCAGGCCCAGCCAGAGAUUUUUGGCACCUCUCCGACCUAAGAGGACAUUCAUCCCACUUGGAUUCUGAACCACUAGGUGGAAUAUUCUCUGGUUGGCCUGGCUCCAGCAGCUUUCCCUCACCUCAAAGAUCUGGUUUUGGGGUGGGGAUGACACACACAGAGGGCAAUUCAUAUACCAGAACUGCCCCAACUAGGGGGAAGAGUCAUUGUCAGAACUACCCCAUCCUAAGAUAGGAGAAAAGGACACUCGUGUCAUCUGUCUUGAUCACACAGACUCCGUAGGGAUGUUCUCUGGGAGGUAUUUUUAUUUGAUGGGGUAGGGGGAGGGGAAGAGAAGAGUAAUCUAUUAUAUUUUAUUUUAUUUUUGGUACAUCAGGGCCUGGAGGCUUCAGCACACCAGAUUUCAGAUGCUGAACUCUCCUGCCUUUGCAGCGAUGUGGCAUGCGGCGUGUGGAAGGGAGGGAUAGGAGAUGACUCCCAAACAGAAGCAGCGGAUGAAAUGAAAGUCCGUUCAAGGAGUUCUUAAAAAAUAAAAAUGCCAAAAACCAAUCAACACACACAGUGAAUUCAAAGAGGCCUUGAAACACCUGAAAUUUCAGGGGUUUUGUGUCUUUUUUGUUUGUUUGUUUGUUUUUUCUGUCAGGGAAGGUGAGUGUGUAUGAUGAGUAUGAAGCAUCGAGGAAGGUAUCACUGGCAGGUGCUGUCGGAUUCCAUAUGCUCUCUUAGGAACGCUGCCUUUUCCCCCCAGCAGAGGGCAGUUGCACUUACUACCCAUUGUCACGGGCUUCUGAAAGUACAGUCAUAGGUAUCAUGAUAGAAACAGGUGCUCACAGGUACAGCACAUGCCCAUCCUCUGAACUCUUACCAUUGUCUCCAGACUCAACAGCUGGGCCUGUGUGUGACCCAUAUCUGGAUCUGAGGGUUUCCUUGCUACCAAAUGUCCUUGAAUGGACAUGGGGUAGGGAGGUCAGGUUCGACAGGAGGAUCACAAAAACCUUCCUUCCAUAGCAGCAGCUUGCCCUCUGCUUGGUACAAAUGUGGGGUUUACAUUGAAGAGUUACUUUUCUGAUUGAAAAACAACAUUCUAUGCAAUUUGAUUGUAAAAUAAAAUGGAGAGAAACUAUGGGGGGUGGCGAUAAACACAAAGCUUGAGAAAAGGUAUAUCCUGUUGUUGAAUUCUU